CAAAUCGUUAGUCUUUAUCUCCACUAUAAAUAGUCAACUAUGGACUCCCAUUAUGAUCAAUUAUUAAUUGGAUAAAGCUUCUUUCCUCCAAAAAAUACUAAAAAAAUUAAAAUAAAAACAUAAAAGCUUGGAUCAUAAAUCUUUCAUGGCAACUGAAGAUCUCUCUACCAUCCUCCCUCGAGUUGUCAUCGUUUCUCGUCGAAGCGUACGCAAGAACAAGUUCGUCGAUUUUGUAGGUGAAUACCAUUUGGAUCUAAUAGUAAAUUAUGGAGCAGUACCCAUAAUAGUGCCCCGAGUGAGUGGUAUACAUAUGGUUUUAGAGAGCUUUGAACCUAUUCAUGGUGUACUUUUAUGUGAAGGUGAAGACGUAGAUCCUUCCUUUUAUGAAUCCCACUUGAAUAGUAGUGACCUUACACCUCAACAACUCGACGAAGUACGACAGCUUCACUCAAGUGACACCGCCAUCGACAAGGAAAAAGACUCCAUUGAGUUUCGCCUCGCCAAACUCUGCCUAGAUCGCAACAUUCCUUAUCUUGGCAUUUGUCGUGGGUCUCAGGUCCUUAAUGUAGCAUGUGGUGGGACCCUCUACCAAGACAUAGAAACGGAGCUCCAUAAAAAAUUACCCGAAGAUCAAAGACUAGCCCACAUGAAUUAUGAAAAUUAUGAUGGGCAUAGGCAUUUGGUUGAGGUUGUUAAAGGCACCCCUUUAAAUAAAUGGUUUAAAGAGUCAUUGGUGGGUGAUGACAAAAUGGAGAUGUUUGUUAAUAGCUAUCACCAUCAAGGAGUUAAGCAAUUGGCUAAAAGAUUUGUUCCUAUGGCAUUUGCACCCGAUGGGUUGAUUGAAGGGUUUUAUGACCCGAAUAACUAUAACCCGGAUGAAGGGAAGUUUAUUAUGGGGCUCCAAUUCCAUCCGGAACGAAUGAGGAAACAUAAUUCGGAUGAGUUUGAUUAUUCGGGUUGUCCACGUGCUUAUCAGGAAUUUGUAAAGGCAGUGGUCUCCUACCAAAGGAAGAUCAAUAGUACAAGUGUGACUAAGCCAAUUAAGUUAGACCAUACACUAUUGGAGAAAAAGAGAAGAGUUUUAGUUAGAAGUUUUUCACUUGCAAGAGAGAUUUAUUUUGCAAAAGAUGAGAUUCAUCCAUCCGCAGAAUCUGAGCUCAAAGUUGGGGAAGAAUUUCUUAAGAAAAGUUCUAGCUCUAAGUUUCUCCAGUCGAAUAUUGAAGUAAGUCAGCAACAAGAAACUAAGUGGAAAGAAGGUUGGGAGAACAGCCCAAAAGGAAAUUUGGCGAGGAAAAUCUUUGGAAAAAUGCCGGUGGAACAACUUACUAACCUAGUUUCCUUUUACCAAACCAUGGGUAAAAUUUGUUCACAAGUAUUGGAUUUAAAAAUCCAUGGUAUGUCUUAAAAGACAUUACAUAUAUACUCCCUUCAAUUCACAGUUAAUAUCUUAUAUUGAUCUGACAUAAAUAUAUAAAAAGGGUAGGAAUCACUCUAAAUAGCUAAGUGAUUUGUGAUUUUAAAGGUAAAUUGAUAAAAAAAAUAAAUACUUUUCAAAAUUAAAGUGAAAUUUUAAGAGUAAAUUAGUAAAAAAAAUAAUUACUAUAAAUAGAAAUGAGAUAUUUAAGGUGAACUUAUCUAAGACGAAAAUGAGACGUUUGAAUUACAGGGAGUAUGAUGUUACGAAAGGGAGAUUUAAGAAAAUAGUGAUUUGUGUUUUUAGUUUUGUAAAUUGUGUAAUAUUAAAAUUGCCGAAGUUAUAUAAAUGUGUAAUUGUGUAUGAUAUGUAUGAUACUUGAUAUUUAUGUUGUAUUUAUGGUUGUGAAUGGAUUUAUUUGUUGAACUAAA